AUGUUGCUCGAUGACCUGCCCCAGGAUGUCUUCGACAAGGUCUUGCGGUCGGGUCUCGAUGUCGUCGACGUCGUGCGGGUGAUGGCCGUCUCGCGUCAGAUGCGGAGGCAGGCCGGAUCCGAGCGCGUGUGGCGAGAAAUCGUGUGGGGACACUUCGGCAUCAGGGACGCGUCCGAGACGUGGAGCGACCUCGCGGACCGUGACCCGAUGGAUUGCGACGAUAUCGAGCGCGAGGCCGAGGAGCUCGAGCGCGCAGCCAGGUGGCGUAACCUUUACGCCCAUCUUCGGGAGAAAUUCGGCGCGGGCGAGGCGCACUGGGUGUCCGCCAGGGGUCUCUACACCGACGGCGGUUGCGACGAGAACGACGGCGACAACUUCGCCGGCAACCUCUUCAACCCCGACCGUCACGACAAGUUCUUCUGCAGCGCCACCAGCGGGAACAUCAACUGCGUCGGGGUGCUCACCAUGGAGGACGCGACCGACGCGCACGACUACGCCGAGAGGUUGCGGGUCCGCCGCAAGUACAUGAUAUGGCGAUGCAACCUCACCGCGAAGGUCCAGGACAGGUUGCACCAGCUCGCGCACGACCCGGACGUGCCGAACGUGGACUACCCGCGCAUCAGGCGGGAGUGCUACGACGACAUGGAAAACGACCCUUUCGACUUUAGCAACUGGCCGGACCAGGAGGUGUUCCACUUCUACGUCCACCACCUCGCGCUCGCGCUGCAGCAGCGGAACGAGAUGGGCAAACUCAUGUUUCACGACGAGGAGGCGAUAAUCUUCGACGACGACGCCGAGAGCUGGACCAAGCACCCGACGUUCGCGCGAUCGGCGUUCGAGAUGCGCGAGAUGGCGAUCGCGUGGCAGGGGGAAGAGGGUCCGCCCGAGGCUAGGGAGGAGCAACCCGACACGGAGAUGUGGGCGCGGUUGGAGGAUGCGAAGGAGCGGGGCUGGGGGCUGGGCGCCAACUCCGAGGGUGGCGGGUGGGUUCCCACGGAUGAUACGCCGCUGCGGCUGCUGAACAGCGGUCUCGCCAUGGAGGAAUUCGGGCUCGGGGGCGACGGUGAGUGCAUGCUACACCACACGAAGGAGUUGGACGCAAUCGUGAGGGAGCACGGGUACGGCAAGGAGUUGCAGGACUCGCACGAACUUCACGUCGUUUCGCAAACGCUCUCUCUGGUGCACCACGCGCUGGAACUCGGCAUGUACGACGUCCUAGACAUGCACAUCCACAAGGAACGUCCCAGCUCAAACACCCGCAGGGCGAAGAGGGACAUCGAUAAUUGUUUCUGGUACGGGCAACGCGAGAAGGCUGCGAGCGGCGUGGGGCACCCGAGGCGAGACGUGGUGCUAUCCAAGUUUGAGAUUUCACGCUCGGGGCAGUUCACGUGCCCGGUGGGUUGCGGAGCGCUGUUCGUGUCCCGCGGUCCGCCGGACGUGGACCAGGCGACGCGUGAAAAGUACGCCAACCACAUAUUCUACGAGUCGGAGGGCGCGAGGCGGUGGCGCAGGUACUUGGAGAGCCAGCCCGAGGGUUACAUGUUGGACAGGACGGGACCCGGCGGGUUGCAAGUCCGAGACGAGGGAUGGCCCGAGGAUGACGACGGACCUCUGAAACCGUUCCUGGGCACGGAUAUGUCCCUGUUCCCGGACGCCGCCGCCGUCGGAGACUGGAUACGAUGCGGUUGCGAGCGCGAGCGCGCGUCCACGGUGUUCGACGGCGUCGACUCCCUGCAAAAGGUGCACGAUCUCAUCCGCGAAGGCGUCCUCCCGCCCAUCGCCGCCAUUCACACCUCAGCGGCGGGCGUCGUCGUCGAGUUUGAAACCUCGCGGUCAUUCAGCCGCGGGGGGGGCGAGCCGGAGCCGAGGUUCCAGCCCGUGGCGUGGUUCAGGUUCAAGUCCAGGGCGGAGACGCUCCAGUCGCAGCGCAACGACCCAAACGCCGACGUCCUCGGCUUUGAGCUCGUUCGCAAGCGGUGCGCCCGGGUGGUCAACGUGAAGCUCAUCGCGUGCGAGGAUCUGAUGGCGGAGUGGGACGACCACCACGACGCGCCCAACAUCGACUGCAGGUCGUUCUCGUUCUACGGCGUGCCCGUGGAGCUGGGCGAGUUCCUGUCGCCCGGGGAGUGCGCGCGAGGUGCGCCGUACGAUACCUCGCAUCUCGCGACGGAGGUCUUCGACAUCCACGCAAACGCCGCUCAUCGUCAUUGCCGCCUCUCUUAUCGCGCCUCGGUAGGGUGA